AUGGGAAAUUUGGUUGAUGCCCACAUCUACCUGACGUUCUUGCUGUUGGUCGUCUUGGCCCAUAAGCAACUUGUCCUUGGAGCAGGUCUGAUGACAGAAGGUCUACCAGAGGACACCACAGAUGUGAUCAGUCAUUCUCAGGGGUUCUUGGCACGGCUAGAGGGUCUUCUGGUGCUGGGGAAUAACAGUGACAUUUCUGUGCGUGUGGAAACCGUGGAUGCGGACGAGGUCAAGGUCAUCCAAGCCCACACGCUGGUGUUGUCGCUGCAAAGCCGAGUAUUUGAUGAGAUGCUCAGAAACCGCAAUGGGAGCACGUUGGUGCUGCGAGAAACGGCAGAAUGUACUGCUGUGUUUGAUAAGUUCAUCAGAUAUCUGUAUUGUGGAGAGCUCUCGCUGCAGUUGGACCAGGCCACACCACUGCACAGAUUGGCUACCAAGUAUAGCAUAUCCAGCCUCCAGCACGGUCUUACCCGGUACAUGAGCCAGAAUUUGGCCAGUGAUUCACUGGGCGGUCAUGUGGUGGGUUGGUUCCAGUAUGCCACAACGGUUGGAGACACAGUGUUGAAACACAACUGCCUUCAGUUUUUGUCGUGGAAUCUGUCAUCUGUGCUUCAGAGUUCAGAAUGGCCGACGGUUAGCGUGGAACUGCUAAUGACCCUGUUGCAGCGCUCUGACUUAGUACUGAAGAGCGAGCUAGAACUAUUCGAGGCCCUUGAAAUCUGGCUCACCCAGAAUGACCCGGACAGCCUAACUGCAGAGAACGCCCUUCGCCUGGUGCGCUAUGCCAUGAUCCCUCCGAGAGAUCUCUUUCGCCUGCAGCGGCAUUCGCCGAUGCUGACACGCUACCUGGAGUCGGUGCGUGAUUUGCUUUACAUGUCGUACCAGUUCCACUCUGCUUCACCACUUCAGCUGGCGAAGUUCUUCAAAGUAAACUGCAACCUCUUCGUGCCCCGCAACUAUCUCUCGCCCAUAUGGGGCUCCCAGUGGAUCAUUAGUAACCCGUCACGAGAUGACCGCAGCAGCAGUUUUCAGACGCAGCUUGGGCCGAGUGGUUUUGAUUCUAGUAAGCGGGUGACGUGGAACGCCCUGUUCUCGCCCCGUUGGCUUCCUCUCAGCAUGCGGCCUAUGUUCACUGAGCAGGGUGCCAUGCCGCCUCUGCGCUCAGAUGGAGGAAACGGAGCCGGCCGGCCUCGUAUCAUCAUCACACCUGCUACUUCCAGUGCCGAUUUUGCGGGGGUUAGUUUCCAGAAGACUGUGCUCAUCUCAACAAAGCAGCAAGGAAAACUUGUGGUCCGGCAUGUUUUCAGCUUUCACCAAAGCACAGAGGAGGUGGACUUCCUUUCUGAUGUGGACCUGCAACAACGCACAUCUGAGUACCUGGUGGAUGGAGCACUGCACUUGCACAUCAUUGUAAAGCCUAUCUACCAGACUAUCGUAGCAAACAAGAAAUAAUGUAAAAGAAACACUAGUUUGAUGCAUUUGGCAGACAUUUUUAUCUGAAGCAAUCUUGGUGCAUUUUCAUUUUUUACAUUUCUAUCAAUUAAUGUUCUUACAAAGGGACUUAAGCAUCAUGGCCUAGCAUUUGAGUUCCAAAAAACACAGAAAGUAGGAUGACAUAUGCAUGAUUUAGAAGGUCAAAGCAAUAUUAAAAUGCAAUAUAAGAAUAGAGAAGAGAUCCAUCCCACCUAUCUUACAUAAUGGGUUAGAUAAAAGCAAAAAAUUU